AUGUCCUAGCUGAGUUCAACUAAAAAGUCUAUAUUAUUGGCUGCUUUAGUAAUAUUUGGAUCAUUGGCAAUAAUAAGUAAUGAAUGAUAUACAAAAAAAGCCUUUAAUUUAUAAAAUAGUCAGAUUGUUUUUGUUGAUAAAGAAGAUACUUAUGGAGUCUUCAAUCAUCCAUUCAUGUAAACAUUUAGUAUGUUUGUUGCUGAAUUUCUAUGCUUACUAGCUUUCUUUUAUGUCAAAACAACUAAGUCUUAUAAAAGUCAAUAUGAAGAAGCUUGUGAUAAUGGAAUACAAAGAAUAAAAAUAUUGUUAAUCCUCAUACCUACUUGUUGUGAUAGCAUUGGAGCACUCUGUAUCUACAUAUCAUUGAACUUCUUGCCACCCUCUGUUAAUUCUAUUUUGACAUGUGGAAUUAUUGCUACAUCUGCCAUUUUAUCAAGAUUAAUGUUAAAGAGAAGGUACACAACAAAAGAAAUCUAAGGAUGUGCAUUAGUCUUAGUUGGAGUGGCAAUUGUGGGCAUUAGUGGAUUUGCGUUUCCUGAAGAAUAAAAAUAAGAAGUAUUAUAUAUAUAGAAUUUUAGGAUAUUAAAAAAUAAAUUAUUUCCAUAUUCCUCAUGUUAUUCUCUAUAUUCCUCUAUGGGUUCCAAUACACAAUCGAAGAAAGGUUUUAUAAAACAUAUUUCAUCCAUCCUUUGGAACUCAUUGGGUUUGAAGGAAUGUGGGGAUUGAUCAUAUACACAUUUAUUUGUAUAUCUUUGACUUUUACUAAGUGUCCCGAAGUUCUUUAUAAUGUUUGUAUUCCAUAUGACGGUGAGUUUUACUUUGAAAGAGCUGAUUAUUAUUUUCAGUAAUUUUCUUAAAGUGCUCUCCUUCAAUUCGCUGUUAUUUUUGGGAUUCUAUCGAUUUCCGUUUACAAUACUAUGUGCUAGACUGUAACAAAAUAUUUAUCUUGUGUUACUAGAGCACUGGUGGAUGUUGCUAAAAUUAUGAUGAUUUGGAUUAUAUCUUUAAUAAUUUCAUUAAGUACUUCAUCAUCAAAUUAUCAUUGGGAAAACGUCAGACUUGGAGCUAUUAUUAUUGAGGUCGUUGGAUUUUCAUUUGUUGUUGCUGGUGAAAUCAUUUAUAAUUUUAAUGCUACUUAAGUUGAGGGAACUGAUGAACUUACUGAGAAUUUAAGUUUGCAAAAAGGUUGAAAAUUCAUUAAUGUAUUAAAAAU